CGACGCAACCAAAUUCAACAAGUCAAAAAGCGCACGGAUUUACAAAAAUAAAACUAUAUAGAAAAAAAUAGAAAAUAAAAUCAGAAGCUUUAAUUGCUUGGAGCUUGACAUACACCAGAGGGAAGAUCCGCAAGCAGUGCGUGUGUGCCGUGGGGGGCUAUGACAACAAUGCCAAUGGCAACGAUGCCAACGGUAGUGCCAGUGACUGCGACGCCGAUGCGACGCGCAGCUGCACGCGCCACUGCCGGCGUGCAGCGACGUCGUGUGGUGAAAAAGCAUAUACAACAAAAGUAUAUGCUCUGCGGCUUUGCCAUUCACGCAUUUCUAGCUACGCCCGCCUAUCUGUAUGGCAAUGUGGUGGAAUCGGACAAGGAUAUGGUGCUGCGCAUUUGGCCAGCGAUCGUCUAUCAGGCUACGGGAGAGAUUUGCCGCUCCAUAAUGGAGCACUUGGAUACAGAGUACAGUGGGCGUGCCCGCGAGACGACACAAUAUAGACGCAUCUUUUUGCUUGCCACACUUAUAGCCUGCGUCUCGCUUAUGAUCAGCGGCAUUCUCUUCUCCUCCGCCUGGCUGCUAGUCAGCAACACCACACAGAUCGUGGCCAUCAUAUGCUAUGGCUGCUUUGCAGGCAUUGGCUCCAAUUUGUAUCUGUGGAAAACGCACGUCAUCUUGGAGGCAGUGCGUCCGCGUGAGGACAAAUAUGUGCGCAAGACCAUACAGCUAUGUGGCGAAGCUUUUUGCCAGCUGUUUCUCAGUUUUGUCUUUACCAGCCUGCGCACACUUUAUGGCACCGCCCAGUCCAUCGUAUUGAUGUCGGCGCUGCUUGUGAAUCUCAUACCCCUGAGUCUGAUUAUAACCAAGCAUCGCGAGGAUGCUUUCACGACUAAACGCAUAUCAGUUAUUAAGGCGGAAACUGGAUUUGCAGCGCUGCCACUGCGCGGCGCAUUGGCGGCCAAUUUUGUGGCCGAUCAGCUGGAUGGCCUGGACACAUCCAUGUCUUGGCGCAAUCCAGCAACAGAGAUGGCCAAUGUGGGCACCGGCUCGGCUACAAUAGCUGCGGCUGUGGUCGAUACGCAUAGCAGUUAUAUGCUGGCCACCGAUGAGGCAUAUGUAACCUAUGUGAACCCAAACGGUGUAGAGAUUAUGGAAAUCAUACCUGAGGAGGAUGAGACAGUGUCCAUGAUGCGCUCCAGCAAUGCCACCAUUGACAACUCGGGCAUAUCACAAUCGCAAAUGCUGGUCAAAUCAUUAUCCAAUGGCCGUCUGUUUCCCAACUCCGUGAAUCCAACAGGCACAGGCAGCUCAUCGCCCUUGCCUGAAGCUUUUGAGAAUCUGCAACGCAUACGUCGCAUGUCACGUGCUGUGACCUCACAUUUGUGGUGGAAUCUGCUGGAUAAGAUCGCCAUGCCGCUGCAGCAGGCGCUGUUAGUGCCGCAGCUUUAUGCCACCACGCUGUUGAUCUCUGCCGACAUCUUUAGCUAUGUCAUGUGCCUGACCGUGCUGCCCGGCCUGGCGGUUAGCCAUCAUGCUUUAAAAAACGCUGAGAUACCCUUUCUCUUCUCGCUGCUCGCCUUUCCCUGGAUGUGCUUUUCAUUGAUGACGCCGCGCUUUGGCUCGAGUCUCUACAAGCGCAAGCUCCAGUGGUAUACCUUGGGCAGUAUUUGCAAGUGUCUGGCGCUCAUCUUUAUUAGCUUUUCCACGUCCAAGCUGCUGCUGAGCGUGUCGGCUGUGUUGCUGGGCUUUGGCCAGGUGGUUACCGCCUUUCUCCAGGAGCUUGUCUUUCAAUUGGGCAUGACGCGUGCCAAUUGGACGGCCAUACGCCGGCCUGUCCACCUAACCAAUGGCCUGCUCAUACUCUUAUGGGGUGCUCUAGCCCAUUGGGUUGUGCUGCACUAUUCGUUUCAAGCGACCGUUGGCCUGGCGGGUGCGCUAUAUGGCAGCACAACACUAUUGUGGAAUUUUCUAUUCUUUUGCUGUCAGAGCAAGGACUAAAGCCGGCUGUUGAUCUACUAUUUUUUUAGUUUUUGGUUAAUAUUAAAUAAUAAAUG